AUGUGUAACUGCACCAAAAUAGAUAAAACACAAGCAUUGGAAAAUUUAUGGAGUUGGUGUGUAAUAAAUUACAUAUCUAGUGCUGCUUGUGUAUUGGUAUCUGUCUCCAGUAUGUUUAUCAAAUCAGAAGCUGGCGCUAUUGAGAAUAAUGACAAGAAGCGCUACAAGGUCAAUAAAGAGAAACACGACACCCAUAGAAAGAAAAAGGACAAGUCUAUUCUUGAGAGUUUUCUCUUGGUACCAGGGCAAUUAGAUGGCGCUAGUGAUCCUGCAAAGUUUGUUCCCGGAUUGGGUCUGAAGACGCCUAUCAAAGACGAAGGAAACAUCAGCUUACCUUCAAUCAAUUUACCGCCAAGCGAGAUGAGAAGCAGGUGGAGGUCUUCGGGCUCGCUGUUUGGUCCACAAGAAGUUGACAAUAAUCUACUCCCUAAAGUAAAUAAAUCACCUGGUGUAAAGACUCCUACAUCUACGAAACAAAGACCGCAUUCUACUCAACCAGAGGAAACAAAGCCAGCCGACACCCUAGUUACGCCUACAUCACCAUUAGUAGAAGAACGACAAAAUAAUGCUGACUCGUUAAAACCAGCGGAAGAUCCAGGGCCUUUCAAGAAGCAAACUAGAUUGCUGUAUGAAGUACAAAACGAUAUGACUAUUGAUGAUGACAACAUGACAGAGAUAUUUCCUGGCCUAGAGAAAGAAGAAGAAAAAACGUAUUGUAGACAGUCCUCUUUAUGGUCAUUGGAUCAAUGGAUUGAAGAAGGUGAAAAUAUCUUACGCGCUCAUCAAGAAAUAUUUAUUAAGAUUAUCAAAAAAAGAAUUGAACUGAGCUAUAAUUUUAAUUCUCUUAUUACUGUUUUAAUCGAUAGAGCUGAGGCUCUUUGCAAGCAUGGUAAUGUAAUAGAUUCCAAACUAGAAAAAGUGAAAAAACUUGGUAACGAAAUAUUAAAUAUUUUAUGA